GUCGUACUUGUACCACGUGAACAGCCUAUGUUGGAGGUUCACAAAGUCGAUUAAGUAUCCACGAUGGUACAGUCAGCUGCCUAAGGUCCAGUUGGCCAGUCGCAGCCAGCGAGAUUUCUCCAUAAGGUAGACGCGCGUAACACCAAGGCAUCACCAUGGCGGACGACGAGAGAAAGCGCAUCGAGGAUGAAAAGAAGAGGAAACAGGCGGAGACCGAGAGGAAGAGGGCGGAGGUCCGCGCCCGCCUCGAAGAGGCUUCCAAAGCCAAGAAGGCGAAGAAGGGUUUUAUGACCCCCGACAGGAAGAAGAAGCUUAGGUUGCUGUUACGUAAGAAAGCCGCCGAGGAAUUGAAGAAAGAGCAGGAGAGAAAAGCGGCCGAAAGGAGACGCAUAAUCGAGGAACGCUGCGGAAAGCCGAAGAUCGUCGACGAAGCCAACGAAGAGACCAUAAAGCGCGUGCUGCGCGACUACCACAAUAGGAUCUCGGCAUUGGAGGAUAAAAAAUUUGACAUCGAAUAUGUUGUUAAGAAGAAGGACUUUGAGAUUGCAGACUUGAACAGCCAGGUCAACGAUCUCCGAGGUAAAUUCAUGAAGCCGACCCUGAAGAAAGUGUCUAAGUACGAGAACAAGUUUGCCAAGCUCCAAAAGAAAGCCGCCGAAUUCAAUUUCCGUAAUCAGCUGAAACAAGUCAAGAAGAAGGAAUUCACCUUGGAGGAGGAGGAUAAGGAGAAUGCGUCAAAAGAUAAGAAGAAACCCGACUGGUCGAAGAAGGGCGACGAAAAGAAGGAGGGCGAACAGGCUGAAGUACCUGCGGAACUACCGCCACCGGAACCUACACCGACCCCAGAACCGGUGCCAACUCCACCAGCUCCUGUACCUCCGCCAGCGGAACCUGCACCAGUUCCUGUGCCGACACCUCCAGCUGAAGGUGGAGUUCCAGCAGCUCCUGUUCCAGCAGCUGAAGGUGUCCCACCGGCGGACGGAACUGCGCCAGCGCCUACUGAAGGCGCACCUGUAGUAACCUCCGCGGAAGGAGCCGCACCACCUACAGAAGGUACUGCACCGCCGGCGGCGGAAGGUGCUGCGCCACCAACAGAAGGGGCUGCACCACCAGCAGAAGGAGCUGCACCUGCAGAAGGAACAGCCCCACCAGGUGCGCCUGCUGAAGGAGCACCUCCAGCCGAAGGUUCUGCACCAAUUGCUACUCCUGCAGAGGGUGCACCCGCAGAAGGAACUCCUGCAGCACCUCCAGCUGAAGGCGAGACACCAGCAGUACCAGCGGAAGGAGCUCCUUCGGCCGAAGGAGCUGCUCCUCCAGCGGAAGGUGCACCAGCCACACCAGCUGAAGGAGUCGUACCUGCAGCUGCACCCGUAGAUGCUGCACCCGCAGUUCCAGCGGAAGCUGCACCCGCAUCGGCAGAAACUAAUCUAGUUUUGAUAUUGCGAGUUACAAUCCGCAUCAGAGGCAGUCCCGCGCUAAAGAGCGCGAAAUACAUCAUGAAUGGUAUGUCAAAGCCAUCAAGUAUAAAAUGCAAAGGACUAAAAAAAAUCAUUGCAUCCGCGGUAAACUAAACAAAAAAAAAAAAGAAAAACAAAACUCUAGCAUUUUUGGCAUGACUGCGCGAAUUGCGCACCGAUCAGACAUCAUCCACGGCAGUAUAGUGUUCAUAGAUGUUCAUAGAAGGAAAAUCGAUGAGAGAGCUCUAUACUCUCCUCGGCUUUAUCAUCGGCUUAUCAUCUUAGCUCUAGUUAAUAAUUCUACACCCGUACCUGCCACGGCGCGGUCGCUUUCUCUCACGUUAAUACUCUCUCUCUUUCUUUCCCCCUCUACAUGUAGCACCCGCAUCGUAACUGAAAGAGGGAAGACGAGGGGUCAUCUUGUCGUAUACUCUCCUCUCGUUGACGUCAAAACUUUGCGGGACAUCUACAGCGAUAAAGAUACGGAUGUAUGCGGAACCAGCACCCUACCUGACAUCGCGGUUCGCGCUUUUCUUGUCGUCAUCAUCAUUAUCAUUACCAUUAUCGCCGCAGCAUCGUUACCGUCAUCUCCAUCGCCGGCCGUCGCCGUCUCGUCGCCGUCGCCACCAUCGCUCACGUCUUGCAUAUUCAUCACUCAUGCAUCACGAAAACUCGCGCGUGCCGCGCAAGGGUUCAAAGGCGAGAGAACGUACAAAAAGAAAAGGAGAGAAAUGUAUGCACGAGAGGGGUCGCGUGUCACGGGCACGAUAUGUCUUGUGGUCGAGAAACCGCCGGCUCGACGUGGGGCUCAUAUUUUCGCUUCAUAUCCGUUAUGAAAAACACGCGUCGUUAGAAUGCCGAGAAGGGAAGGAUGCUGUCCUCGUUCGACGAACGUCGCGAUUGCUAAUCGAGAUUACGUCAAGCGUGCAUCUACACACAUUUCGUCACGUUCGCUCGAGCAACUUUUCCACCAUGCGCGAUCAAACAAUCGCCAUACUCGUCGCAUUACUCAACACAGUACGAAUAACUAAUUCCGCGUCGGAGUAAUCCUGUAAAUAAUCCAUGGCGCGUCUCUCACAUCACGCAGUUUCGUCUUUACGCGGACAUUGAUUGACCGGAAACGGUUUCUGUAUACAAGAAAUUGGAUUUCAUAAUAAAAGCUUUUUCUUCGA